AUGGACUCUAUAACUGCGUACAAUGGGGGCGCUGUUCUUGCGAUGACCGGAAAGGAAUGCGUCGCUAUCGCUUCCGAUCGACGUUUCGGUGUCAAAUUGCACACCUUGGGCACAGAUUUCACGAGAAUCUUCGACAUGGGACCGCACAUGUAUAUUGGCUACAGUGGUCUUGGCACUGAUGUACAAACUGUACAAGAGCGCCUUUCAUUCCGCAAGAACUUCUAUGAGUUGCGUGAAGGCAGGAAGAUGCAUCCAAACACUUUCAGCCAUAUGGUGGCCAACUUUCUCUAUGAGCACCGGUUUGGUCCAUACUUCAUCGAGCCGGUCAUUGCUGGGCUGGAUCCCAUAACUUUCGAGCCAAUUGUGGGAGGAAUGGACCUCAUCGGUUGUGUCAGCUUCCCUACAGAUUUUGUUGUUGGAGGAACAUGUACUGAGCAAUUGUAUGGCAUGUGCGAAUCGUUGUGGCGUCCGAAAAUGGAUCCCGAGGAUUUGUUCGAAUGCGCAUCGCAAGCUUUAGUGAACGCUUUCGAUCGUGAUGCGAUUUCAGGGUGGGGUGCCACUGUCUACAUCAUUGAGAAAGAUAAGGUGACAGUUCGCACACUGAAGACCCGUAUGGAUUAA